CCCCACCAGCUAGGUGCGCCACUGGGCGAUACAAUCCUUCGGGCGGUAGGUGGUCCUCAUGUCAAACACAUUCAGAUCUGUGAUAAGCAGCAGUCGACGCCGAUCUCGCCUUUUUUUUUUUUUUUUUUCCCUCCCUUUCGCGAAACAGUUCUCGCAAGCCUCACAUGCAAGCGGAAAGCUCCACCAAGAGAAAAGUGUCGUCGUCAUCACUAUAUGAUAUCAUCUACCCCUUCACAUGGAGCCUUAUCGUGGCAGUGUGCGAAUUUUUUAUCCACACAGACUAUCACGGGUGGCGAGAAGUGGUGCCAGCUAGCAUUAAACAACAAGCCAUAGCGCGGUUUGCAGAGUCAUCCCGAAUCCCUCGCGUCUACAAUCACUUAGUGUAUUUUGGACUGCACCAGGAUGCUUUGCCUUACCUAGCACCUACAUUUUUUAGCGUGUUUCUGUUCCUACUCCUACUGUACUCCAUAAUGGUCCCCAGUUUUUAUGGAGUUGAUACUGAUGAUGUCUUUAGAUAUCAGUGCGUCCUAAACCAUUGGUCCAUGGCCAUUGCCUUCGGCACUACAGUAAGACAAUUUAUGCGAGAAUCAGAGGGUAGACUAGCUCGAGCCGCGUCGAAUUGCUAUAUCAUCCGCUGCAACACAACUAGAGAGUUUGGUGCGACCGGCACCGACAACGAGCAUCUCGUCCAAGACAAAGCAUGAACGACAGAAUGCGGAGUAGUUGACUUUCAGCUCUUCGGUCGAGUACUUCAGUCAUCUAGUAUAACACUCUGUGGCAUUCACU